AUGGAGAAGUUGGCUCUCGCUUUGGUCACCUCGGCCCGACGACUUAGACCAUACUUCCAAGCCCAUACGGUGGUGGUGCUCACUAACUUGCCCCUUAAAAGUAUCUUCCACAAGCCGGAAGCUUCCGGACGCCUAAUGAAGUGGGCAAUAGAGCUAAGUGAGUACGASAUCCAGUUCGAACCCAGAACUGCGUUGAAAGGACAAGCAGCGGCAGAUUUCAUAGCCGAGCUCACACCACCUUCCGAGCUAAGCGAGUCCGACCUACCUUGGACAGUCUAUGUCGACGGAUCCUCCAAUGAGAAGGGGUGCGGAGCCGGGGUCCUCUUGCUCGGACCAGGGGGUGAGCGAUUUGAGUAUGCCUUGCGGUUCAGCUUCCGGACUUCUAACAACGAGGCUGAGUAUGAAGCAUUUAUUGCCGGCCUGCGAAUCGCUCGAGCAUUGGGGGCCUCUUGUGUUAAGGUCUUCAGUGACUCCCAGCUAGUUGUGAGCCAGAUCAAGGACGAAUACCAAGCCAAAGACACCCGAAUGGAGAAGUAUUUGGGCAAGGUCAGAUCAUACCUCGCCCAGUUUCGAACUUACGAGGUAAGCCGAAUUCCGCGAGUAGAAAAUUCUAAUGCUGACGCCUUGGCCAAGUUAGCAUCGGCGUACGAGACCGACCUCGCCAGGUCGGUCCCCGUCGAGAUCCUAGAUAAUCCCUCGAUCUUAGAGCCAGAUCUGAUGGAGAUCGGCGCUCCAGAAUCCUCAUGGAUGGAACCGAUCACGGACUUCAUUAAGGGUAACUCACCACAAGAUCCCAAGGAGCGCAGAAAGUUGGCAAGGCGGGCAGCUCGGUUCGUGAUCCGAGAUGGUGCAUUGUACCGACGUGGCUUUUCCCUGCCUCUAUUGAAAUGCCUAACCCCUGAAGAGGGCCUCCAGGACGCCAAGAAGUUCGUUAGAAUUUGCGACAAUUGCCAACGCUACGGGGCCAUAAUCCACCAACCUCCCGAGCUGCUCACCCCCAUCUCGGCCCCAUGGCCAUUCGCGCAGUGGGGGGUAGAUAUCAUUGGUCCUUUCCCUUUGGGCAAGGGCCAGACCAAGUUCGCUGUGGUUGCUGUGGAUUACUUCACCAAGUGGGCCGAAGUCGAGGCGCUCUCCCACAUAACGGAAUCCAGGGUCACGUCCUUCGUAUGGACGAAUAUCAUAUGUCGCUUUGGUAUACCGCAGGCCAUAGUGACAGACAAUGGGAAGCAGUUUGACAACGCCAAGUUCACAGACUUUUGCAGCAAACUUGGCAUAAGUCAUCUCAGCUCGUCCCCCGCACAUCCGCAAGCAAAUGGGCAGGCCGGAGACGUACAUGCACCAGGACCAUCUAUCAGGAUCCGAGAGGCUGACGUACAUGAACAUACUGCUGAAUCUCUCGUUCCAAGGGAUCCAGCCCACGGAAAGGCUCCAACGAUAUCAGAGGAGGAAGAUGUUCCACCACAGGUGCCAGUUCGCGAGCUCCUCAAUUUGAGAGCGAGACAAACUGCUACCAUCGAUCCAAGAGAAGGUCUUCGAGUGCAUAUAACGACAGAAGCCCCAGAUCUUCGUCAGAUGCUAGAAGAACGCAACGUGUCACAACAAGCUGGGCAACAAACCCCAGUCACUCUAAACUUGGGAUCUACCCCAAUGACUCGAGGAGUCAAUUCGAACACAGUUCAACAGCCACAUGCCGAAGCAGCUGCAACUACAUCGACAUAUCCAACCACGGUGGAUGUGCCGGAAGUACAAGAUUCCAUGAAGGAAGUCAUCAUCAAGCUUUAG